UUAGCCCACUGUCCUCUUCUAAUACACUGUAACUGGUAGGUGUUCUGUGGCGGCACUUCUUGUUGACGCCGCUUUUGACGCCGUGAGGUUAUGAGUUCUACGGAUGAGGAGCUUGACCUGAGCGAGAUCGAUGUCUUUGCAACAAGAAAGAGAAAGGCCGAGCCCAAGUCGCAAGUGCCGGCAUGCGCUACCGUAAACACUCCCGGUACGACGGUUGUUCGCAUGGAAGAGAAGCUGGCCAUUGCAAGCCUGGAAGCGAGCAGUCUCCGUCGGAGGAAUAAGCGGAGCCGCAGUGAGCAGCGUCGCCUGGCUCGCAUGAGGAGACAGCAGACGUCGGCUACGGUGGGUAGCACUAGUGAGGAUCAGCAAAAGUGGCAGCAGGUGCGCCCCUUUCUUACUGUAAACGACCACCUUGAAGGUCCAGUGCCUCAUGGCAGCUGUGGGCCCAAGACGGAGCUUGAAUCUCUGGUCGAAGCAGCCAUUGCGGACGGUGACUUUGAGAAGGCAGAGAUGCUGAGCGACCACUUGGCUAACCGGCAGUUUGCUGUGAAGAUUGCUGAUGCCUUUGCUGCCAAGCGGUGUGCUGAGGAGCAAGAAGCCAAGAGAAGGAGGGACUACGUCAAGAGGCAGGCCAAGUUACCAUGGGGGUUUGAAGCGAAAGAGCGGUGGCAGAUGAAAGGCAAUAUGUGACUGAAUGACUGUAUGAUGGACACAAGGAUGUGGCAUUGCAGGUGUAUGGUAGUACCAUUGCCGGCAUGAAAACUUGAUCUUAUAGUCAUCUGCUGGUAUCGACUCCUUACUGUGGCCUUACCAGCAUCUGACUGCAAGUGUGCUGGCACGCAUCGAUUUUCGCAACUCGCGACGCCUCGUCUUGCCGAUGUACUUGAACACAUGCUUCGUCGGUGCUUACAACUUGCACGCUUGCAUUAACAAUGGUCGCUUAUUAUGUUACAACGAACUUGAAAGAAGAAAAGCAAGACUCUGGUCAUAUGUGUCAUAUUAUUGUUCAAAGGAGCAAUAAAAUAAUUAUGUUAGAAAAAUUGA